GAUGUAGCCUCGACGAAAAAACAGCUCCAAAAUGUCAAGAAUGUUAUUUAUUUUGGCUCUAACUAUUGGGAUACAAUUCUCUGAAGUUAGCCCAAUAAGGACUACCACUUCUGCACCUCCAAUUGAAUGUGGAUAUCAAUCAUGUCAUUCAAUUAAAAAUGGCGAUUUCAUCAAUGUUCACAUAGUGCCUCAUACCCAUGAUGACGUAGGUUGGCUGAAAACUGUUGAUCAAUACUAUUAUGGCAGUAAAACAAGAAUACAAAAUGCUGGAGUUCAGUACAUUUUAGAUUCCGUUGUAGAUUCACUGAAGAAAGAUAAAAAUAGAAGAUUCAUUUAUGUCGAAACUGCCUUCUUCUGGAAAUGGUGGCUGAAACAGCAUGACAUUGUCAAAGCCAGGGUCAGAAACUUCGUUAAAAACGGCCAACUCGAAUUCAUCAGCGGAGGAUGGAGCAUGAACGAUGAAGCUGUCACCCACUAUCAUUCUAUCAUCGACCAAAUGACUUGGGGACUGAGAAAAUUGAAUGACACUUUCGGUGAAUGCGGCAGACCCAAAAUGGGUUGGCAAAUUGACCCAUUUGGUCACAGCAGAGAGAUGGCUUCCAUUUUCGCCCAGCUAGGCUUUGAUGGGCUGUUGCUAGGCAGAAUCGACUAUCAGGACAAGAAUUUCAGACUGGCUACCAGAACGCCCGAAAUGGUGUGGAGGGCAAGUCAGAAUUUAGGGGAGAAAAGCGAUAUCUUCACAGGAGUAAUGUACAACACUUAUUCGCCACCUGGAGGCUUCUGCUUUGAUAUUCUAUGUUCAGAUGAACCCAUCAUUGAUGAUAAAAAAAGUGCAGAUUAUAAUGUAGACCAAAGAGUAGAUGAUUUCUUUGCGUUCCUAAAAAAUAUCACUAGAGGAUAUAGUACCAAUAAUGUGAUCGUUACAAUGGGUAACGAUUUCAACUAUCAAUAUGCUGAAUCAUGGUUCAAAAACUUAGAUAAGUUGAUACUAUACGCUAACCAGAGGCAAACGAAUGGGUCUAGAUACAACCUGAUCUAUUCAACGCCUUCCUGUUAUAUAAAAGCCAUACACGACCAAUCUCAAGGUAAAUCCUCUUGGAAAAUAAAACGUGACGAUUUCUUCCCUUACGCAUCUGACCCUCAUGCCUUUUGGACUGGCUUCUACACCUCCCGACCUACAAUCAAGAGGUUCGAACGCGUUGGGAACAAUUUCCUACAGGUGUGCAAACAGCUCUACGCUCUCACAGACCUGGACCCUAUAGACCGGGUCGAUUUGAACGCGCUUAGAGAAGCAAUGGGUGUUAUGCAACAUCAUGAUGCCAUCACUGGCACGGAAAAGGAACAUGUGGCCCACGAUUAUGCUAGAAUUUUGGCUAAUGGGAUAGAUGAGUGCAGCUGGAUAACAGCUACAGCACUGAGUAAAAUUGUUGCACCAAAGGAAGAUAUAGAUGUUGAAGAAGAGCCGGCUCCAGCUAUUCCUUUCAUUAGUUGUCCAUUAUUGAAUGUCAGUCAGUGCGAAUUUACAGAAAGCAAUGAAAACUUCGUGGUGACUGCUUAUAAUCCUCUGAGUAGAUUUGUUUCCAAUUUUAUUCGAUUUCCAGUAGUAGGCAAGAGUUAUACAGUUACUGGACCAGAUGGUAAACAGCUGGAUACACAAAUAAUACCGAUAUCAGAUGGGAUUCUGAGGAUUCCAGGUAGAUCAAGUUCAGCAACGAAUGAACUCAUUUUCGAGGCAUCCGACUUACCACCUCUAGGUUUCAAGUCCUAUUUUGUCCAGCAAGUUAGUGAUAAUGAGAUACCUGAGGCAGAAUCAGUAAGGAAAUACAAGUUCGGGGAAGCGGAGUUCCAGAUCAACUCAAAGACAGGCCUGAUCACCAAAAUCACCAUGAACGACGUGUCUCUAGAUUUCGCUCAGGAGUUCCUCUACUACAAGGGGUUCGUUGGGGACAACGAGAAGUUCGCCAACAGGUCUUCAGGGGCGUACGUCUUCAGACCCUACGGGGGUUCUUUUAAGGUGGCUGACAGGGCUCAGGUGCAGGUCUACAGGGGGCCCCUGGUUUCUGAGAUCCACCAGAAGUUCAACGACUGGAUCAGCCAGAUCGUCAGGGUGUAUGGAGGAGAAACUUAUGUUGAAUUCGAUUGGGUUAUUGGUCCCAUACCGCUAAAUGAUGCUCAUGGGAAAGAAAUCAUCACCAGAUACAAAACUUCCCUCAACUCCAACUCCACUUUUUUCACGGACUCCAAUGGCAGAGAAACAUUGAUGAGGAUCAGAAAUUUCAGGCCAACAUGGAAUCUCAGCUUGGAAGAACCGAUCGCUGGUAAUUAUUACCCUGUGACCUCCCGGAUAGGGUUGAGGGAUGAAGACAGGGCUGUGCAGGUUGACGUGUUGCCUGACAGGGCUCAGGGUGGAUCCAGUUUGAGGGAUGGAGAAAUCGAGCUUAUGCUUCACAGGAAUUGUAUGCACGAUGACUCAUUCGGAGUCGGUGAAGCUCUUAAUGAAACUGCUUUUGGUCAGAGGCUCGUCGUAAGAGGGUCUCAUUACGUCAUCUUGGGGAAGACAACAGAGAACAAUCCAGACGGUAAAACUACCUCGGCACAAGCGAGGGACUUGGCACAGAGAAAACUUCUGUCAGCAUGGACUUUCUUGUCCCCCACCAAAGGCCUCUCUUACCAGAAAUACAAGGCCAAAUAUGUGAUGCAGUACAAUGGCUUAACAAGGAAUCUCCCGGAUAAUGUGCAAAUAUUAACUUUGGAACCAUGGAAGGCUAACACAUUUUUGCUUAGACUGGAACACGUCAUAGAAAACAACGAAGAUCCAGUUUUAUCCAAACCUGUGGAAGUGGAUUUAAAAGGCCUAUUCGAGCCUUUCGACAUAACCUCGAUAAGAGAGACUACGCUGGGCGCGAACCAAUGGCUGUCCGACAACCAGAGGCUGCACUUCAACGCCAGUUCGCCGUUGGAGGACCUUCUGGCAGAUGAUUCCCUUGAUGCCCACCAGAGGGCGGCGCGAGCCAAAUGGAAUUUGAGCUUUCUGGAACGCCGUACAGAGGGCGUUGAACACACAAACGACGGUUUGGACGAUAUCAGCGGUUUGAAAGUGGUUCUGAGUGCGAUGCAGAUACGUACAUUUAUUAUUGAUAUUGAGAAGAAAUAAGGUUGAUUGAACAUAGCUAGUAGGUUCUUUCAAUUAUAAGAUUAA